AUGAAAAAAAUAUUCAUUCAAUCACUAUUACCAAUUUAUCAUUCACAUGACACAUACCUUGAAUCAAUACUGAAUGUCUAUGCAAAUGCACACAUCACACUUAAAGAUUAUGGUGUAUCAGAACGCCUUCAAGAUAUCCCGGUAGAAAUGUUAGAAUCAGCGCGUGAAAUCUUGAAAUUGAUUGAUGGUGAUAACAACGAGUGUGAAUCAACAACUAUUUCAUCAUAUGCAGGAUUAGGAAUCACCAACAUAGAUGAUCAGGAUGAUAAGAAAUUGACGCAUAAUGAAAACUUUUUAGCUUCUAUACCUUCAACAACUCCAUUAGAGAAAUUCUUUGCUUUGACUACAUUACAAGCCUCGACAGAAUUUAUUAAAUCAGACCCAUUGUCAAUUCACGAUGCUAUAUCCACCACAUCAUCAAUCUCAUCAAUCUCAUCUUCCCAUUCAUCAUUUAAAUUUCCAUCACCGUUAAUCAAUUCAUCUAAUCGUAUACGCAGUCGUGCAACUUCAAUAUCCACACCUUCUUCGCCAAUAAUCUCGUCACAAUUAAAUAAUCCGAAUAUUAACAAUAACGUAUCAACCAAUCAUUCCUCAAAUUAUUCCGUUACAACUCCUACUACAUCGUCACAAUCAUCAUCAAACAAUAGACGUGAUAAAUCACCUGCAAGGUCAUUUACUUCAACUACCAGUUCAAGAACAAGUCCUUCAGCGAUUGUUAAUAGUAAUAGAAAUCGUAAUUCACACAGCGAUGAAAUCAAUUCCUCUUCAUCAUCAUUCACCUCAACCACUUCAAGUGGAAAGUUGUCUUUUGAUAAUUAUUAUUACAAUUCAAAUAAUAAUAGCCCAUUUUGUGUGCCUACUAUAGAAGAUAACCAUCAUGAUGUUCAUCAACCACCGCAACCAUCAGUAAGAAGAAGAAGAUCUUCAAUUGCACCUGGUGGUCUAGUUAUAAAACCACAAAUUUUAUUAGUUCCUUCGCGUAGCCCUCAACCACCCUCUUUAUUACCACCCAGCCCUUCAUUAUCCUCAAAAGCUUUACCAACAAUAUCUGAUACAUCAAAUAAUAAUGAUGAUGACGGUGACGUUGCUGCACCAUUGCCAUUAAUCAGAUCAUCACAAUCAAGGUCUAAUUCUUUACAAAAAAUAAUUACAAUUACACCACGCACAUCAUCUCAUGCUAAUGGUGGUGGUUCCAAUAGCAACAAUUAUAUUAGUUUUUCGAAACCAAUACUCGAAGUUACAACACCAAAACCUGAAAUUUUGGGCGAUUUUCUUUCUGGCUUACAAAAUAUUGACGGUGAUGUUGUUUCUGGUGAUCGUAAUGGUGGAUUCAAAGUUAGAAAAUGGUGA